AUGGUACCGCACUCGAAUAAACGCGCACUUUACUCGGAGCUCUAGCGCGAUGGCGGAGCUGCUUUUAGACCCUGCUAUUCGGCUGUGGGUUAUUCUACCCAUCGUUCUCAUCACCCUUCUCUUCGGACUAGUCCGCCAUUACGUCACCGUCCUCCUCAAGCAAGAUCAGACUCCGGAGCGCGACAAAAUCAAGGACGCCCAAGCGUUGCUACGGAGCAGAAGUCUGAGAGAGAACGGAGGGUGCAUUCCACUAAACUCGUUUCUGAUGAGGAAGCAUUUCUUCAACCACGAAGAGACUGGAUAUUUCAAGUCACAAAAGAGAUCUGCACCCAACCCUCUCAAUGCCAUGGAUCGCAGUAUGAUGAUGGAGAUGAUGAAGGGUACGUUCACUAAUGUUCUACCAAUGAUCAUCAUUGGCGGCUGGAUUAAC